AUGUUCCCUUCGAAUUUUUCUUUUGGAGACUCAUUUUCACAACCUUCUCCAACAGAACAACCAAACGAAUUUAACUUUAAUGGGUUCGACAACUCAUUUAAUUUCAGUCAACAAACGCCCCAACAACAAUCACAACCUCAAGAACAAUUGGUUCAACAGCCUCAAAACAAAACAACUGAAGAAAAGAAAAUUAAAAAAGUAUUUAUGCCUCCACCAAUGACUAAAAAAGAUUCAAAAAUCGAAAAACCAGUGUAUCAAAAACCACUCCCAUCAACUCAAAACCAAUUGGAACAAACAACUCAACCACAACUGCAACAAAAAACAGUGGAAACUCAACGUAUUAAUGUAGAUAAGCCAAUGACACAAUCGACUCCUAUUAAUCAAACACAAAAUACUCCACAGAAAGCUUCAAUAACGCCUCAACCAAAGUCUGCAUCAAAAUAUGAUUUGCUCAUUCAAAUUGCUUCAGAAACACUCACACCACAAACCCCGCCACAGCAACAACAAAGCAUCCCUCAAAUUUCUCAACCCGUUCAACCCACCCCUCCUCAACAACAAACUCAACAACAAAAUGUUCAAAACAAUGAGGCGCAACACUCGCAACUCUUACAAAACGCCCCUCAUCCACAACAAGAAGACUUUUCCUUUGACAAACCAUUUGCGUUUGAAAGUACACCAACACCGUCGGAUACCCAAAUAGGGUUUGAUACCUCUUUUGCGUUCAAAAACGACUUUGGCAAUGACUCAUUUGACUUUGGGGGGUCGCCAAAGAAAUCUCCGCAACUUGUCGACCCACACAAGAACACUAUUAAUAGUCCAAACGAAGUGACAAGUGAGGGUCCAAAGGUAGUUUCAAUACAACAAUCAGUUGAAGUUAAAGAGAUACAAGAAGUCCCCAAAGAAGCUGUACAGGAACAAACAAGCGAAGUGCACCACGAAGUUGCUGUUACAACACAGCCGGAACCAAUUCAACAGGAUCUCUUUGGGUUUGAGGAGGACCCCAAAGACGCGGAGUGGAAUACAACGAUGGAGCGCAAUGAAAGUUUGAGGAGCCAAUUAAUGGAACAGGAGAAUAAAACGAGUGCACUCCAAUCGUUUGACAAACUCGAGGAAAUGAAAAAAGAGAACGAAGACCUUGAAAAAAAGGUGAAGGAACUGACUGAGGAAAAUGCAAAGGAAGAACUUCGAUUGAAAGAAAAAGAAGAGGAACUUCUGCAGAAGAAAAAUCAGUUACUUGAGAGGUUGGAUGAGCUGAAGAAACAGAAAAGUGAGUUAAGUCAACGAAGAGCAAGUCUCCAAACUCAUAUGACUGAGAAUGCGGUGUUAGAAGAGACACUUCGAAGUGUUGAAGAUGGUAAAUUGGAGAAUAUAGUUAAAAUUAAUAGUUUUGAAGAAACUAUUAAAACAUUGCUGGAAACAGAAUCAUUCAAACUUGGACCUUUCUUGGACGAGUCACUCAAGAUGAAAGAGGAAAGCUUCGACAUGAUUGAGAACGAGUUUAUGGAAGUCCCAUUUAUUGAUAUUUGA